AUCAGAAUUUCACCAUCAAUCAGUUCGUAGCAAUCCUCCACACAAACGAACCUCACAUAAUCCACCAUGAAGGCAACCGUCACGUCCGUCCUAGUCCUGCUCGCCAUAUCCCACGCCACUCUGGCCGAUCCUGCUGCCCCAGACAAUGUCCCCGCCAGCUGUUUAAACAAAAACUUCAAUGUCGAUCCGUUCGAGUGCUGUAAAACUCCCAAACUUCUCGACGAGGGCACCGUCAAGGAAUGCGUCCAUUCUUUCCCUCCUCCACAGAAUGCUCAGGAUGAGAUCAAACCGGAUUGCAUGUCCGAGUGCGUGAUGAACAGCACAAGAAUCUUUGAUCGCCGUCAGAACGUGAACGAUGCUAAAGCGAUGGAGACCUUCCUGGAGAAGCUGAACGGUAAAUCGGUGUGGGCCGAAAUCGUCCAGAAGGCCGUCAAGCAGUGCCUGGAUGACGCCGACAACCGCAAGGAGGAGUUCAGCCGAGACAUGAAAGCUUUGCAGCAGAAGUUCCCCAAGGAGCGCAUCUGUUCGCCGGCUGCCGGAUUCAUCAUGGAGUGCGUCCACGUGUCGGUUUAUAAGAACUGCCCAGCUUCAAUAUUCAAGGACAAUUUGGCGGGAUGUCCCGCGAUCAAGAAGCAUUUGAAUAUAGACAACUGUCCGUUCUACACGAUUUUCCCGGAAAAGAAGGCCCCCAAGCCAGUGAAGCGUCACUAGAUGGUCAAUCGAGAAUCCUCUGAAUAUUUUUAAUAAAUGGUGGUGGGAAUAAAAUAACAUAAAUUUGUUUUAA